AUGGCCGAGGACGGUGGAGAUGCCCAAGUUGAGGACGGCCUUUCGCUCAAGACCCGACUCCUCGCCUCCCUCAUCGCUGCCGUAUACGAAUGGGCCAGAACGCCAGUGCCUGUACGGCAGUCUCCCAGCCCUCACUCGGCUACCUACCCCGAUCGCCCAAUUCGACCGCUACCAAAGCGUCCUCUUCGCUCCCGAUUGUCCCCAGAACAGGCUGGGUCCAUUGUCUAUCCGCCUGCACCUCCGGCAACCGGUCCGCUCUUCAGCUUCCCCUACAGUCAAUCACCACCCUUCUCCGCAGGUCCACAUCGAGGUGAAGGAGAACAUCCUUAUCAGCAUGCUCAUCCAGCAGAUGUUCACAAGCCGGCUGAAGAGGAAGACGUCGAUGACGGAUAUUGGGUGGAUGGAAAGCGAUAUAAUGCGAAGACCGGCCGGAUCGAUCGUGCGUCUAUGGAGGAGAUGAAUGGAUCUGCACGUCCUCGAGGCCAAUCCGCUGCACACCCACCACCACCACCUGGUUCGACAACGUCUUCGGCCGAUGGAUACGAGUCCUUCGAGAACACGAACAAUAAAAAGAAGCGGAAGAUUCCAGUGUCUGGCGCUGCUGGCGCGCAUAGCAACGCCGUGCUCGCGGAGGCUCCUGGAGUCGCGGUGCCGAGUAGUCGUACGGAUGCUAGUCAAUUCGACGACCCAUCUUCCGGGACAGGUCAGUACUAUGGCUCCGGUACUUCGGCCACCUCUGCAUCGGGGACAGGGAUCUCAGGCGCCGGACGCGGACGUUACGGGCGAAACGGUCGGGUUCCUUCUGAACGAAGACCAUUAGGUCUAUCAACGUCUGGAGCGAAUGCCCGUGCGAAUCCAAAUGCAGUGACUCGCAAAGAGUGGAGUGGCGGGGCGAGUGUUGACGAGAAAGGCAUGGCAGUGAUUCCUUUCAUGUGA